AUGGAGGAAGUGAACUAUAUGGGAAACUUCUCCAGAAACUUCAACAAAAAUCCCUAUUCAAAUAUCUUCAAUCAAAGAUGGAGGAACCACCUCAACUUUGGGUGGAGAGACCAACAGAAUCCCCAACAAGGCUUCAAUAAUAAUCGGAAUGGAAUGUACCAAAAUCAGUUCAACAAUAAACCAUUCGAAACUUCUCAGCAACAAUUGGAGACACCUAGGCAAAGUCUCUCUGACUUAGCUGGUAUAGUCUCCAACCUCUCCAAGACCACUCACAGUUUCGUAACAGAGACUAAGUCCUCCAUUAGGAACCUAGAAAUACAGAUUGGUCAGCUGAGCAAGAGGAUCCCAGAGAUCCCUUCUAACACUCUUCCAAACAACACAGAAGGGAAUCCAAAAGAAGAGUGCAAGGCCCUCACUAUAGAGGUUGUAACCGAACCUAAAAAGGAGCAUGUUUUAGAGGAGCUCAAAGAAAUCAUAGCUCAUGAGGAGACUAAAACAGCCACCUUGCACGCCCCUUUACUACGUGAAGAAUCUGAAGAAUACUCGUCUUCAGAAGAGGAUGAAGAGUCCAAGAAAAAGCAAUUUGCUCGGUAUCUGACCAUCCUCAGAAAACUAAAAGCCAACUCCUCUCCCACAGAGGCGUUAGAAGAGGAAGAUGAGCCUGUGAUACUGGCCAAGGAAUGUAGUGCCUUGGUCCAGAAGAAACUUCCUCAAAAGCUUUCAGAUCCCGGAAGCUUCCUGAUUCCCUGUACUAUAGGGACUAUCACCUUUGAGAAGGCACUAUAUGACCUUGGCUCAAGCAUCAAUCUGAUGCCUUUGUCUGUAAUGAAGAGGCUAGGAAUUUUAGAGGUGCAGCGUGCCACAAUCUCAUUGAAGUUGGCAGACAAGACCCAAAAAAGGGCGUAUGGCAUGGUAGAGGAUGUCCUGGUGAAGGUUGACGACCUUCACAUCCCUGCUGACUUUGUGAUUCUAGACACAGGGGAGGACAGAGAUGAAUCCAUCAUCCUUGGAUGGCCUUUUCUAGCCACUCCUAAGGCCAUAAUUGAUGUAGAAAGAGGUGAGCUAGUCUUAAGACUACAUGAGGAUUGUAUCUUGUUCAAGAUACCAACCCUCAGACUCCCUUUGACAGAGCUGGUACUAUAG